AUGCCCCCCAAACCCGGCCGCCUUGCUUCCAUUCUCCGUCCAUGGGACUUGAUCUGGUUUUCUAUUUGCCUGCACUGGGAAGCUUUGACACAAGCGAUUCGUCAAGACGGUCUCGCAGCACUUGGCCGUCCACGACAAAUUCGAGAUGCCGCUUCAGCAAAGUUGCUCAGUAUAACCUCGGGCGGUUUUAUCGCUUACGAAGACACAACCAUUGUUCCCUCGCUCGUUCAAGCCGCUGGCGGCGUUGUUCUCGAACUGGGCCCAGGGCCAGGCAAUCAGAUUCAUCGUUAUGAUACCUCUCUUGUCAAACAUGUCUAUGGUGUUGAACCUAAUCCGCACUUUAAAUACGACAUAGAUGCCAAAUUGGACAAGCAUGGCCUACGGGAUAAGUAUAAGCUUAUAGCUUGUGGCGUUGAAGAUAGCGAUGUCCUGAGAGAAGAGGGAAUCACGGAGGGGAGUUUGGAUGCCGUGUUAUGCAUCCAGGUCCUGUGUGCCGUAAAGGAUCCGAAGAACGUGAUGAAGGAGGUGUGGAAGCUGCUCAAACCUGGAGGCAAGUUUAUAUUCUGGGAACACGGACGGAGUAGAAACCGUUUGACGACUGUAGCGCAAGCGUGCUGGAAUCCUGUAUGGAGCACAUUUGUCGGAUGUCAUUUGACUCGCAGUGUGUUGGCAGACAUUCUCAACAGUGGAGAGUGGGAAAGUCCGCACGAGAUCGAAGAACCUGAGGAACCAUUUAGUGUGCUGCCUAGAAUCCAGGGCGUGCUUGUCAAGAAGCACGCUUAA